AUGGCUCGUAGCUCGCGGUGGAUAUUAAUCUCUGUAGUAAUGCUGGCUGCCUGCAUCGCCCUCUUCUGCCUCGGAGCCUCUGCUGCCGAUUCGUCGGCCUCGAACUCCACGGCAGCUCCUCCGCCUUCUGCGGAGCCGGAGGGAGAGGAGGAUACAGUUGAUCCCGCGCUGUUUCAGGUGCACGGGUGGCUGAUGUGGCUCGCGUACGGGCUGCUGAUGCCCGUGGGGCUCAUCACGGCGCGCCAUCUGCAGACCGUCACGCCCAAGUGGUUCGCCAUUCACUGGGGCAUCCAGCUGCUGGCGGUGAUGCUCGCAAUAAUCGGGUUCUUCAUCGCCGUGGGGAAGUUCGGCGCGGAGGCGGCCACGGAGUCGCUCCAUGCGCGCAUGGGCAUCGCCGUCUUCACCUUCACGCUCGCGCAGCCGCUGCUGGGGGUCUUUCGCCCGCACAAGGGGAACAAGAUACGUGUGGCGUGGUAUUUCGCGCACUGGCUGCUGGGGAUCCUAGCGGUGGGCAUGGGGUGGUACGUGCUCUUCCUGGGGCUGGGCCUCUACGAGCACGAGACGGACCAGAACGUGCAGGGGUACGAGAUCGCACUGGGCGUGACGACAUCUUUGCUGCUCUUUGCCUUCCUGCUGCUCGGUCGCUGGGACCACCUGGUGGGGCAGGCGGACAGCGCCAGCAAGGUGGACGGACUCACUCGCUUCCCUUCCGUCGCACACGUGUCCUCCCUGCUGCACCUGGGGGGAGGCAAGGCAUCGGAAGAGAGAAUCGCUGCGGAGAGGGGGAUUGCGGAGGAGCGGGCAGCGGCACUGGGAGGCGUGUGA